UGUGGCGUAAAGUGAGGACGCUAAAGUUUUUGAACCAUUUUGAGCGGCUAAAUCAGUGUUAAAAGACACCAUGAGCAAAUAUGAGGACUCAUGGGAAUGGCUGGAUACUGAGUUUGACCAUUUUCUGCUUGACAUGAAGCCAUAUGUCCUUAAACACCCCAGCAAGACAGAGCGGCAGCGAUGUGUCACAUGGAUAAAGAAGCUGUGUGACCCGGCCAGCUGUGGUUCAGGUUUGACUGGUCGUAAGAACCGCAACAUGCAUGCCCGUUUGCUCCUUCAAAUGCUCAAAAGAGGGGCCCUGGAUCGGCCUUUCACCUGCAAACCAGAGCCUGGCAGCCUCAAGACACUCCCUACCUACAUGUCGAUCUACUUUGAUGAACCUCUGCGCGGUCACAGCAGAGCGGAGCUGCCUGAUUGGUUGACAGGAGAGCUUGGAGGCCACACUGAUGACUCUUUGGCUGCCAGUCUGCUGAAGGACAGAACCAGCUCCACACCCAUCACAGCUCGUCACAGGAGAAGGCUGUACGAGGAACAGAACCCACCACGACCUGUGUCUUCCAGUCCACUCAAACAGUCUCCCAGACACGAUGCCCGCAGGGUGGAUGUGGGGCUGAACGCAGACACAUCUCCCGAUGACAGCGACCUGGAGGCUCGUCUCAACAGCUGGAACCUGGGGGUUGAAAACCCUCGUUAUUUGCGAGAGAACCCCAGUCCCUUGUCUCCGAUUUCCAAGCCAAGCUUUGGGAGGAACAGCACCUUGGCCGAGGAUCAGGGCCCACAGUUUGCACAGAGCAAGGAGGUAUACGCUACAACUGAGAUGAAGAUCAAAGUUCUGGAGUCCAAGCACCAGGAGGAGAAACUGAAGAUGCAGCAGAGACACGAUGCAGAUGUUGAGAAAAUCCUGGACCGAAAGAAUGGUGAGCUUGAGGAGACGAAGAGCAUGUACCGGGCUAAGCAGAGGGAAUCCGAGGAGAUGAUCCGUAAGCUGGAGAAGAAAGUUCAAAGUGUGCUGCGGGAAUCCCAGGUCAUCUGUGAGAGCAAGGAGAAGCAGAUCGCUGAGCUGAAGAACAUGUCGGAUCAGAGCAGCGACUCCCUGAAAAACGAGUGGGAGAAGAAGCUGCAUGCUGCUGUGACACAGAUGGAGCAGGAGAAGUUUGAAUUGCAGAAGAAACACACCGACAACAUCCAGGAGCUGCUGGAGGACACCAACCUGAGGCUGGCUAAGAUGGAGGCCGAGUAUAACGCGAGGGCACAGGCGACCGAGCAAACGGUGCGUGAGCUGGAGCUGCGGGUGAAACAGCAGUCGGUGGAGGUGGAGAAGGGCAGUGCGCUGCGUCAGAGGGUGACACAGGAGAAGGCCCAGUUGGAGAUUCAAAUUGCAUCCAUGGGCGCCGAACUACAGGAGGCCAACAGACGGAAUUUGAUUUUGCUGAAGGAGAAGGAGCAGCAGAGGGAGCGGCAUGAGCUAACUGUACAGAAGCUCCAAGCCAAAAAUGAGACUGACAUGUGCCACUUGCAUCAGGAACAUGCUCUGUCUGCUGCCAAGGCCUCUGAGUUGAUGGACGACUUUGAGAACACUGUAGCUCUACUCAAACAGCAGCUCCUGGACAGUGAACACCGAAGACUCCAACAAGCCAGGGAUCAAGAGACGGAGUUUCAGCGGGAAAAAGAUGAAGAGCAGAUCAACUGUGAGAAAAAGGUUUUGGCAAUCCAAACUGAAGCAGAGAAAGAGAGAGCAGAGGCUAAGAGGAAAAUAUCCAAACUAGAAGAUGCACUCAGGGAGAUGGAGAGCCAGCUGGACAGAGCGAGAGAGAGCCAAAGGACGCAGAUCCAGCAGGCAGACAUGGCGCUGGAGCAGUUCAAGAAACAGGUGGAACUCAGCUCUGAGAAGACCUACGCUGACAUGAAGCUCCAGAUGGACAAGGUAGAGGAGGACCUGAUCCGCUCCAAGUCCCUCAGAGAGAACCAGUCCAAAGAGUUCUCCCAACAACUCGAUGCACUCAGACAGAAGUAUGAGCAGCAGAUGGCUGAGCAGCGCAUGCAGCACGAGCAGGAGAGGACGCGGCUACAGCAACAGCACAGCACGGAAAAGGACAGCCUGGUCCAGGAGCGCCAGUGGGAGGUGAGCAGCCUGGAGAGGCAGGCCAGGGCAGCCCUGCAACAGCACCAACAGAACACCCAGGAGUGGAGGAAACUCGACGCCCAGACAAUUUCAGAUUUGGAAUCUCAGUUGUCGAGUCUAAGUGAGGAUCUCCAUGGAGCCAAUGAGAAGCACAAGCAACAGUUGGCUGAGAUGGCGUUACUCCGGGAGGAAGAAAAACAAAGCGAAUUCCUGGACAGAGAGGCAUCGUUGGACCGGCUCCGCUCGGACAUGGAGCGCAUCCGCGGCGACCUUGAGGAAAGCCACCAGCAGGAGAAGGACGCGGCUCAAGAGAAGGCCAACAGCAGGUUGAAGCAGAUUGAGAAGGAGUACAGUCAGAAGCUCGCCAAGUCUGCCCAGUUAAUUGCGGAGCUACAGACAUCUUUAUGUUACAUGAAGGAGGAGGCUGUUCGUCAGCAGCAAGCAAUGGAGAAGCAGUUGGAGGAGUCCAAUGUCCGAUGGGAUGAGGAGAGGAGGACAAUAAAUCACCACGCCGAUCGAGCCAACAAGGCUCUGCAGGAAAAGGUGGAGAGUCUACAGAGGCAGCUGCACAGCUCGGAGAAGAAGCUGCUUAGCAAAGAGCUGGAGUCUGAAGAAAAGGUGACUGUGGUGCGUCAGGAGUAUGAGAAGAAGAUCAAGGGUUUGAUGCCGUCAGAGCUCAGAAAGGAGCUAGAAGACACCAUCAGCUCUCUGAAGGCUCAGGUGAACUUCCUUCAGAAGAGAGCCUCUCUGCUACAGGAAGACCUGGAUGCCUGUCGCAGCAGGAGGUAACCAUGGGAGAACAGUCUGACCCCUCGCCGGAAAAUGAAGGAAAAGACGUCCAAUCAGAUGUGAGCAUUAUUGAAGUAUUUUACACAUCUGUCGUGCCACUGUUCCCGUCAUCUUUUUAUUUAUUGUGCUGGUUUUAUUGUAGUGUAAACUAUUUAUACAUCGUCAGACUUCAGUUGUUGCUUUGUCUUGUUGGAAUUUACAUAUUUAUGUUCACAACAUUGUUUUAUACUUUUUAAUAAAAAACAUUCCACAAUU